UACACUCAACCUAAUUCGUCGUACUUAUGUUCAGCACUGUAAAUGAGGAAGUCGCAAUCCAUAAUUAUGAUAUAUCAUCAUAUCAUGCACUCGAAAGGGUGGAAGAUGUUCAUGACAAUGGAUUGUCUACUUGGUGUGGUGACGUGUUUAUUAAUAAUAACAGGAUCUGUUGCUUUGGUUGUGACGAGUGGAGGACCUGUUACCACCUUCGUCGGCGGGCAAUCCGAGAUGACAUGCUCCUUCUCUCCUACCAACUCACAAGGGUCAUCAUUUGCUUGGUCUUUUGACGGUCAAAAUGGACACAGCAGUCAGAUCGGCACCUGUGACAUCACACAAUGUACGCCGGCAAAUCCAGCUCGGCACCAAUUGGUCAAAUCGGCUGAUAAUGACAUGGGUAGGAUGAAACUCAUCGUGUUUGAUACGGUUUCAUCGGAUGUUGGGAAUUACACCUGUUUGGUCUCGACCAGUGAGGAUGCUCAAUCGGCCCUGGUGAAACUCAACGUUACUGAAUGUUCUGUCCACCACCCUACCAUAGAUUGCCCCGGCGAAGUAAGUAUCAGUUCUUUCAUGGAUCUCUCAUGUUCGUACCUCACACCUGACCAGUCUCCUAGUAAGCUCACACGGAUCGCCAAUAUAUAUCUUACAGACUCUUUGGAAACUCCCUUUGCAAGCGUGCCGAACUUUGACAUUUAUGUGAACGUCAGCAGGCAGAGUAUUCCAAAUGUCACCGAGGUAGCAACCGGACUGCGACUGACGUCGAUUUGCUGUAGGAGUGAGUCCUCUCUGACAUGCAGGGCACCUGAUGGACAAAACUUAUGUUCUGACGUCUGCAUUACCAAUGUGCUGUAUCCACCUUCUGACAUCGUCUUGACACAAUCCCCACCGGAACCUUGGCAGGAAGGCUCGCAGGAUGCCUCCAUCCUCUGCCAGUCGAAUGGUUUUCCAUCACCAACCGUCGCCUGGCGGAGAGUUCUCUCGGGCGGCUUACCUGGAGAAGUCCUGGCGAACGGUACAGGGAUGUCCAGAUUGUCCUUCCCGGAGAUUCAGCGUCAUCUUGCUGGAGUGUACCGAUGUGAAGCCGAUAAUCACAUGGAGUCGAAAGAGAUAAAAACGAAAAACAUCUCGGUACAAUAUCCCCCACACAUUGAUCGCCGGGUGUCCGUCGUUCAUUCCGAUGAAGGGACCGUAGCCGUCCUAUCGUGUAUCGUCGACUCCAAUCCUUCAACGACAUCAAUGAUCACGUGGUCCACUCCUAACCAAUCACCGAUCGCUACCAAUGUGACACGACACUCUGAGACAGAACUGGAAAGCAGAUUGGUGUUUACAGAGAAGGUCCACAGGGGUGUCUAUGGAAACUAUACUUGUACCGCCAUCAAUGCACUAGGGAGAGAUUCGUUUGUAAUUCAGCUGACUGGAUACUGUUAUCCUGAUCCUCCGUACAACUUGCGAGUUGUCAGCUUCUCGGAUACGUCUCUCACUCUCUCCUGGAGUCCGGGCCAAGAUGGCGGCUUGCCGGUGACGUUCGUCUUUUCUUAUUGUGUCAACGUCACCCAGACGGAAAGGUGUCGCAAAGAGCAGGGUGUAACGGAUCAGCAGUUCACACUCGAUGGCCUUAACAACUAUACUAUUUACAGAAUUACCGUCCUCGCAGAAAAUGACAUCGGGAGCAGUGGAAAUGUUGACAUCUUUGCAUCUACUGCUCCGGGGACUGUGGAUGAUAUUGGUAUAAGUGCAACAUAUGAGAUGAAAUCGGGAAGACUCGACAUUUCUUCGACUGACAGUGAUACAAGCGACCUUUGCAUCCAUGCUGAGUAUCAUGUUGGAGGGUUGCGUAAUAGGAAUGAGACGUGUUUACUUCCGGGUCAGACGGUGUACAUCCGGAAUGGCGCCAGAGAGCAUCAGCUUUGGCUGGUUGUAUGUGGGCGUGGCGUGUGCAGCGCUUCAUCUCGUGUGAAGUACCUGGAGAACAGCGAUGAAAGAUGGAGUCUGCUUUUCAUCUUGGUUAUUACACUGGGCGGAUGUCUGGGAGUCACUGUGUUAGUCCUUCUCUUCUUCGGCUCGUAUCGCUUAAUAUCCCAAGAAAGACGAUCAUGGAAUUCUUUGGACUCAGACGGCAUGUCGACUAUUCAACGUGCUCUUCCCAUUCCCCCAGCAUGCGCCCUUGCGAUAGGAAUUGGGUCCUCGUCUCUCAGAAAGGAUGAUGACACGGAAAUUAACUAUGAUGCGAUAGAGAACAUCAAGGGUAAGGAGAUAAGUGAUAACCAGCGUAACGCAAGCAUAAAUGCCUCGAAGAACACCACCACUCAAUCAACAACGAAGUCCCCUCAAGACGAUGUGUUUCCUCGUACACUAGACGGCUACAUGAAGAUGGAUGCAGGCAAGACUACCAUUCCUCAAGACCAAGGCACAUACACCACUCAAUUGCAUUCUGGACUUAACGCAGGAAAGGAACCAGAGGCAUUUCCCUACGGAUACAAAAUCGACCAGAGUUCCGUGACGAGCAUGAUUUUCAAGGAUGUUGACCUGCCUCGCAUCGAGGUCAACAAUGAUACCUACGCUGUCGCCGAACGCAACAAGGAAACGGUUUCUGACUACAUGGUACCGACCAGUCCAGGGUGUGAUGUUCAAGACACUGCAAUGUGAUAUUGUUAAAAACCCCUUCCAAGUCAACUGCUUCUCAUCCACACCGGACGCUUCCAUAUUCCGUAAGGUUUAAAAGACAGUUAACGCGAUUUAUAUGAGCACCUCUACCAGCUUUGUACAAAAAUAUUAGACAACACACUUUCAUUUUGUGAGAUAAAAAGUCACCGGUGUUGUGAAAGGCCAGGGCGAGUCGGUCAUCUUCACUCAUAAUUAUAUUCUAGGACACAUUCCAUAGCUUUGCGGUAUCUUAUUUAAUUCAUUUAUUUCGUUUUAUUUCAACAGAGUAGCCCAAUCAGUAGUUAAAAUACUGUUAUACUUGGGGGUCCUGCACAACAUAAAAAAUAUAUUAAGAAAUACAUAUGUAUGAAAACAUCAUUACAUGGUUUCUGUGUCAAUUAGUUUGAUAAAUUCAGUUUAAAACAUUAUUAAUUUGUAUAUACCAUAUAUUUCAAUAUCUGGUUGAUGAACAAGUGGAAUGAACACACAUAUUGAAUGUGCCCUUUAAAUUGUUUGGUACCCAAAAAGUCAAAAGUGGUCUAAAAAUUAACGACCGCUAAGUGUUUCUUGUAUAAAAAUUAAUCUUCGCGUAAUUCAUUUAGUGUAAGUUAAUCAAACAACAACAUGUGUCAUAAAUAAGGGUCCUCCAACGUGUCUACAUGGUAUGAAACAUCUAUGGGUACAUGAAUACAAUUUAGGGAAAUGGCUUGACACCAAGCUGUUCAAGAAAAAUGCAAAAACGUUUUGAAUACUUAAUCGAAAUACUGACGAAAGAUGAAAUGCAGCCUAGGGCUGUACAAAUUAGGAAAAAUGUUUCUUUGUUAGUAUUACAGUACUGUAUAGUCUUUGGGAGUGGUGUUCAAAUUUAAGCAAUCUCAUAAUUCUUUUUCUUUUUUGUAUGCUGGUACAUCAACUUAUAAAUAGCGCACGAAAUAUACUGAUAUAUAUUCGGAAGCACUGGUUAAAAGUAUUUGAAAGAGUUUUCUCUUGGAAUGUUAUGAACUGCAAUAUCUUCUAUAUACAUUUUGCACUGAUUUAAUAUUUCGAUGGUUGUCGAUUAUUACUCACACAUGUAAAUAAUCAUUUUAAAUUUUGAAGCGAUAUAAUGCAAACCAAAUAAGCUAGGUGUAUUAGAUUCAUUAAGGCUGAACUACGUUAUAUGAUGUUUAAUUAUUUGAAAUAAAAAUUACGGGAUUUCAGAUUAAUGACAAUAUAGUGUCGAUUUUCUAGCAAAAAAGGCAUAAACAAAGACAGAACAAAUAAAUCAAACACACUUAAAUAUAUCGAGACAGCACAAGAAAAAAAAUAUCCUCGUUGCUUUAAUUAUGCGCAUCCAAGAACUUUUAUGAACCUUCUUUCAAAUUUUAACAAGAUGGUUAUAAGAAAGACAUGUUUUGGAGAAAAAAAAGAUUGGUAUUGUAAAUUUAAAUAUGUGGGAUCCUAUUGUCAUGGUUUUUUGGUUCAAGCUAGAGUCUAGUUCAAUGCUUCAUUAUAAUGUUUUUCAAGAAAUGAAGCAUCUUUCUAAAAAUUAAAUGUUACCACUUGUUUUAUAUUGUGUGCUUAAACUACUUUCGUCAUCGCCCUACCAAAUUUCAAUCAUAUUGUCUUACUAUUAUUUAUUUGUGUAAUGUAUAUAAA